GUGAUGGCCCUGGCCGGCGAGCGGGGGGAGCAGGAGGAGGAGAAGAAAAAGAAGAAGAAGAAAAAGAAGAGGAAGAAGAAGAAGGAGGAGGAGGCGGGGGCCCAGAAGAGCAGCUCACCCUUCGCCGCCGCGAUGGGGGAGGACGACGCGGCGCUCCGGGCCGGCGGCAGGGGGCUCUCGGACCCGUGGGCGGACUCGGUGGGAGUGCGACCCCGCACCACCGAGCGCCACAUCGCAGUGCACAAGGCCUUCGCCGUGUCCAUCGUGGCACUUCUCGCGGUCACCAUGCUCGCGGUGCUGCUCAGCCUGCGCUUCGACGAGUGCGGGGCUAGCGCGGCGCCGGGAGCCGACGGCGGCCCCGCGGGCUUCCCGCUGUCGGGUCACCUCAAGCCGCUGCACUACAAUCUGAUGCUCACUGCCUUCAUGGAGAACUUCACCUUCUCCGGGGAGGUCAACGUGGAGAUCUCGUGCCGGAAUGCCACCCGCUACGUCGUGCUGCACGCCUCGCGGGUGGCGGUGGAGAAGGUGCAGGUGGCGGAGGACCGCGCUGCUGGCGCUGUCCCAGUGGCGGGCUUUUUUCUGUAUCCGCAAACCCAGGUCUUGGUGGUGGUGCUGAAUAGGACCCUCGACGCGCAGAGAAAUUACAACCUGAAGAUUAUCUACAACGCCCUGAUCGAGAACGAGCUCCUGGGCUUCUUCCGCAGCUCCUACGUGCUCCACGCGGAGAGAAGAUUCCUUGGUGUUACUCAGUUUUCACCUACACAUGCCCGAAAGGCAUUUCCUUGUUUUGAUGAACCAAUCUACAAAGCUACUUUCAAAAUCAGCAUCAAGCAUCAAGCAACCUAUUUAUCUUUAUCCAAUAUGCCAGUGGAAACCUCUGUGUUUGAGGAAGAUGGAUGGGUUACGGAUCACUUUUCACAGACCCCUCUUAUGUCCACGUAUUAUUUAGCCUGGGCAAUUUGCAACUUCACAUACAGAGAAACUACCACCAAGAGUGGGGUUGUAGUACGAUUAUAUGCAAGACCGGAUGCUAUCAGAAGAGGAUCCGGUGACUAUGCCCUCCAUAUCACAAAGAGAUUAAUAGAAUUUUAUGAAGACUACUUUAAAGUGCCCUAUUCCUUGCCAAAACUAGAUCUUUUAGCUGUGCCUAAGCAUCCGUAUGCUGCUAUGGAGAACUGGGGACUAAGUAUUUUUGUGGAACAAAGAAUACUGCUGGAUCCCAGUGUUUCAUCUAUUUCUUAUUUGCUGGAUGUCACCAUGGUCAUUGUUCAUGAGAUAUGUCACCAGUGGUUUGGUGACCUUGUGACUCCUGUGUGGUGGGAAGAUGUGUGGCUGAAGGAAGGUUUUGCUCACUACUUUGAAUUUGUUGGUACGGACUACCUCUACCCUGGCUGGAAUAUGGAAAAACAGAGGUUUCUGACAGAUGUUCUGCAUGAAGUGAUGCUGCUUGACGGUCUGGCCAGUUCCCAUCCAGUGUCACAGGAAGUGCUACGGGCAACAGAUAUUGACAAGGUGUUUGACUGGAUCGCAUACAAAAAGGGUGCUGCUUUAAUUAGAAUGCUGGCUAAUUUUAUGGGCCAUUCAGUUUUUCAGAGGGGUUUGCAAGAUUAUUUAACCAUUCAUAAGUAUGGCAAUGCAGCCAGAAAUGAUCUCUGGAAUACCUUCUCAGAGGCUUUAAAAAGGAAUGGGAAAUAUGUAAAUAUACAAGAAGUAAUGGAUCAGUGGACCCUCCAGAUGGGUUAUCCUGUUAUCACCAUCUUGGGAAAUACAACAGCAGAAAAUAGAAUAAUAAUUACCCAACAGCAUUUUAUUUAUGACAUCGGUGCUAAAACUAAAGCACUUCAACUUCAGAAUAACAGUUACCUGUGGCAGAUUCCAUUAACUAUUGUGGUAGGAAAUAGAAGCCAUGUGUCUUCAGAAGCAAUUAUUUGGGUGUCUAACAAAUCAGAGCAACACAGAAUAACUUAUUUGGAUAAAGGAAGCUGGCUGCUGGGGAACAUCAAUCAAACUGGCUAUUUUAGAGUCAACUAUGAUCUAAGGAACUGGAGAUUAUUAAUUGAUCAAUUAAUCAGGAACCAUGAGGUUCUUUCUGUCAGUAACCGAGCAGGUUUGAUCGACGAUGCCUUCAGCCUAGCCAGGGCUGGCUAUUUGCCUCAGAAUAUUCCCCUGGAGAUUAUCAGAUACCUGUCUGAGGAAAAGGAUUUUCUUCCUUGGCAUGCUGCCAGCCGAGCUCUUUAUCCUCUAGAUAAAUUACUGGACCGAAUGGAGAACUACAAUGUCUUCAAUGAAUAUAUUUUGAAGCAAGUGGCAGCAGCGUAUAUCAAGCUCGGAUGGCCUAAAAAUAAUUUCAAUGGCUCUCUUGUUCAAGCAUCCUACCAACAUGAAGAACUACGACGAGAAGUUAUAAUGCUGGCCUGUAGUUUUGGCAAUAAGCACUGUCACCAGCAGGCAUCCACACUUAUUUCAGAUUGGAUUUCCAGCAACAGGAAUAGAAUACCAUUAAAUGUUAGAGACAUCGUCUACUGUACAGGAGUAUCACUACUGGAUGAGGAUGUCUGGGAAUUCAUAUGGAUGAAAUUCCACUCCACCACAGCAGUUUCUGAGAAGAAAAUAUUAUUGGAAGCUUUAACAUGCAGUGAUGACAGGAAUUUAUUAAAUAGGCUUCUAAAUCUGUCACUAAAUUCGGAGGUGGUGCUGGAUCAAGAUGCAAUUGAUGUGAUAAUUCAUGUAGCUCGAAAUCCACAUGGCCGAGACCUUGCCUGGAAGUUUUUCAGAGAUAAAUGGAAGAUAUUAAAUACCAGGUAUGGAGAAGCAUUAUUUAUGAAUUCUAAACUUAUCAGUGGAGUUACAGAAUUUCUUAAUACUGAAGGUGAACUCAAAGAGCUGAAGAACUUCAUGAAGAACUAUGAUGGGGUGGCUGCCGCUUCUUUCUCACGAGCUGUGGAAACUGUUGAAGCCAAUGUGCGCUGGAAGAUGCUUUAUCAAGAUGAGCUUUUCCAAUGGUUAGGAAAAGCUCUGAGACACUAAAAUGUUUCUUUCACAAACAGUUCAACUCAGAAGUAUUUGAGAAGACCUUCUUUAUAUGGAAUGAGGAAAAUGUGCUCCAUGGAAAAUGGCCAGAACUUCAGUGUUAACGUGUGGGAGGAAUUUUUUUUCUAAUUUUUAUUGUUGCAGGGAAUAUUUGGGGAGAUUUUGUUCAUUUCAUUCAUUCUGUUUUGUUUCUCUACUACUGGGUGUCCUUUAAAGAAACUUUUGAAGUGAAACUAGCCAUGAUUGCUUCCUCUGUACAUCCCUUGCUGUACAGGACCAAAUAUGAUAGUGGUGCAUGUCAAUGUUGCAGUUUGGAAAAACAUAUUCAGAAUAUUCUGUGCAUGGAUGUGUGGUCCUGCCUGUGCUCCAGCAUGCUUACUUAAAAUGUCCAAUGUUGUAUGUGCAUAUGUGUUACAUCAGGAUGGGCAUUAUGCAAAAGCACAAAGAUUUAUGACAAUCAGUGUUGUAAUGAGAGAAAAUCUAAAAAAAGGAAUUAUAUUCUCAGUCCUGGGCAAACAAGAGAUAAAUAGCCCCGUUAAGUGAUCAACUUCACUUAUUUUAGCACUUAGAUUGUCAGACAAUGAUUACUGUGUUGCUAACUCAUUUUCUUAGAGUUAAAGCUGUGUGUAUAAUUAAAAAGGCAUGUAGAUAGUGUAUGCAUAUGUAUAUGUACAUAGGGAAGCCCCCAUGUGUGCAUAGUAUGUUGUACACUACACAUGUGCAAAGAAUCUCUUCAGAACAAAGAAAAUUUAUCUCUUUUUGUAAACUUACAAACACUUGGAAAAGGCUUAAAGGAAUUUAUCUCAACGGUAUGCUUCCUACUUCCUUACUAAAUUUCUGUUAAGAAUUUUUCACCUACUUCCUGAACAGUGGUCUAUUCUACUACAUGAAGAUGAAUUCAAACAAAAUGUAUUUGUAACUAGCCACACUUUUAAUUCUUUUAAGUGACAACCUCACAGAUUCUGUCAUCAGUGUAGACCACCUUUCUAUUGCAUAAAGCAGUUGUGUAAACUUAAAAUUAUUAGUGCUGAGAAAGUAUGUAUUUUUGCAUCUUGUUUGUUUUCCCAUCUUAUGUUGGGUGGUCCAGAGAGUUAAAAAUUCUUUCUGCAUGUUGGUUUUUCUGUCUGUGUUGUUCUACUCUCUAUUAAGCAAUCAUACCUCAAGAGGCUCUAGUAGCAUUUGAUGACCUUUCACGUCAGUUGUGCCAUCCUUAAGAUGAAAAAUUAAUUUUUUUUGUGUUAAUGUACAAAGCUUUUCUUUUGUUAUUGACAACUCUGUUCUACAUGGGAUUUCUGAAUAGUCAUUCUCAUGGGUGUGUAUUACAAGUGUUAUAUUAAAUGGCAUUCUCACCCAGUA